AUGAGGCGCCAAGGAGUGCGGUGCCGUGCAGUCGUGGGCGAGGCGGCGAGCGCCGACAUGGCGGCUGUGCGUGAGGCGCGUGAGAAAGUGCCGCAGCUUCUGACUCACCUCGGUUACCAACCGCGCGACACUUUCAACUUUGACGAGACUGCGUUGUGGCUCUCUGUGCUGCCGCGUAAGACGUACAGCAACGCUCGCAUUCCCGGGCGCAAGGUCUCGAAGGACCGCCUGACGGUGGCUUUUCUCGUCAACGCUGACGGGAGCCACGUCUUCCGGCCGUUGGUCAUCAGCAAGGCGCGCCGUCCGCACGACUUCAGGCCGGACUACGACCCGGAAGCUCUGUGCUACUGGCGGCACAACGCGAAAGGCUGGAUGACCAGCUCGUUGUUCACGCAUUUCAUAUCGCAGCUCAAUGCCGCGAUGUAUGCCGAGAGGAGGCACAUCGCGGUGCUGCUCGACAAUGCAAGCUCCCACAUGCUGCGGGACGAGUGCGCGUGGAGCGAAAUCGUCUGCGGCAUGCGGACCACUUGCCUCAGCAAUGCCCGCUAUCGCCAGCACUGGCUGCAGGCCUUCACUGCACUGUGGAAUGACGACGGCGCAACCAGUGUCGUCGCCCGCUGGCGCCCCAAUCUUCGCGACGUGCUCGGUUGGCUCUCCGACGCCUGGAUGAGCGUCGGAGCGCGCACCAUCCAGAGGUGCUUCUGGCGCACAGGCUGCUUGCCUCUGUCGUGGUCGCUGGAACUCACGCAUGUGCAUGAUGACGAUCCCACCCCCCAUGCUUACCCCGACAUUGAGCUCGACGACGACAUCGACAAUGUCGGGGAGCUCAUAUGCGGGCUUGGGCUCGGCGCCGGCGCAAUGACCGCCGCCGAGUACGUCGCCAUCGACGAGGGCGAGCCGACGUGCGCGGAGGCGGCGGCGGGAACGUCUCCGGAUGAUGCGGACGUGGGCCUGGUGGCGGAGCUAUGGAGGGCGCCGACCACGAUGCAGGCCGUGUAUGACGACAACGACCCCAUCGGCCGUGAGGCGCGGCGCACGGCACGGGCGGCCAGCGAGAUGCUCAUCGGCUACGCGCGCGCCGUGAACGUGACCCCGCGCGACCUGUGCCACCUGUUCGACAUCCGGAAUCCGGUCAUCAUUGAGCGCAUGGAGCGCGCAAGCCCCGCGCUGGCUCUCAGCAUGGCCCCGCCGCCCAGGCUUUCGACAAGCCCAACCCCGCCGGAGGAGGCCCAGCAUCCGCGGGGCCGUGUGCUGCCUAGCUGGAUGACCCAGCCGUCCCGCCGUCAGCAGCUUCUUGACGCCGGGGUUGGCGCCGCGAUGGGCGGGUACGUGGAGGCGGCCGAGUGGAUGCAGGUGUGA